GGGCCGCACUUCCCGUCGGGGAGAGAGUGUAAUAUGGCGAAGACCUACGAUUACCUGUUCAAGCUGCUGCUGAUCGGGGACUCGGGGGUGGGGAAGACCUGUGUCCUGUUCCGCUUCUCCGAGGACGCCUUCAACUCCACCUUCAUCUCCACCAUAGGAAUUGACUUUAAAAUUAGGACCAUAGAGCUCGAUGGCAAGAGAAUUAAACUACAGAUAUGGGACACAGCUGGUCAGGAACGGUUUCGGACCAUCACAACAGCCUACUACAGAGGCGCAAUGGGCAUCAUGCUGGUCUAUGACAUCACCAACGAGAAGUCCUUUGACAACAUCCGGAACUGGAUUCGGAAUAUUGAGGAGCACGCCUCUGCAGAUGUCGAAAAGAUGAUACUUGGCAACAAGUGCGACGUAAAUGACAAGAGACAAGUUUCCAAGGAACGGGGAGAAAAGCUGGCCCUGGACUAUGGCAUCAAGUUCAUGGAGACCAGCGCGAAGGCCAACAUCAACGUGGAGAACGCAUUUUUCACUCUCGCCAGAGACAUCAAAGCAAAAAUGGACAAAAAAUUGGAGGGCAACAGCCCCCAGGGGAGCAACCAGGGAGUCAAAAUCACACCAGACCAGCAGAAGAGGAGCAGCUUUUUCCGAUGUGUUCUUCUGUGAGGAACGCCGCCUUACUCUGAGCCCCGCUCAGCCGAGCUGACUGUGCCUGUCCUGAGUGAACCCCUCACUCAGCCGGGGCCCUCCCCCUGCACCGCCCCCGCCGCGGCCACCGGGCCCGCGGCCACCAGAACACAAUUGAGAAAUCGUUUAUUUUAGUAACAGUCUGAUCUUUUCAACUUUGGAGAUGGAAUAAGUUAAGAAUUUGCUAUUUUUCCUGCCACAUCCGCUGAACGGCCCAGCAUCGUGUAACUAGAGAGAAAGAUGGAGUCGAGGUGUGACCGUGCACAGCAGCCAGCAGGGCAGGCCUCCAUCUCUGGGCCUUGACACAGCUAAGCCCCAUUGGAAAGCACGUCCAUGUUCUCGGCCACAGAAGCGAGGCCCCCUCAGGCCUGCGAAGGUUCCAGGAGUGCCGGCUGUGUACCCUGAGCGAGGCGACCCACAUCGGGACCAGGAAGUAUCUGCCUGACAGGCCAGACACCCGCUUCACCUCUUCUCUCAGUUUUGGACAAGUGACAAAAAUGUUAUUUUUUUUCCCCUCUCUCUUUUUAACUGUCAAACCAAAGGGAAGCACAAAUUAAGGAAAUUCUGAGGAAAGAAGCAUGGGGUGGCCCCACCUGUUCACCGCCAGGUUCGUGUGGUCCAGCCAGGCCUCGGGCACGCUCAGCGGGCCUCUCGGCAGUCCCCACCUGAGCACCAAGGGGACUCCGGACGCACCACAGGUGACCCCGAACAUGCAACCACAUACAGUCCAGCUGCGAUUGGGGCGCCCGCCUCAGCCCCAGCACCCCCGCCCUUCGUCCUCCCAGCCUCUCCAAAUCGGACGUUCUUUCUAGCUGAGAUUUUUAUUUUUCCAGAUCUGUGGUGCCAUGAAGUGAUUCCGUCUCUGAUCUCUAAUGGCAGACCCAGGUGAUCGGGGACAUGCGCACACGCCCGGCUGGACGUGGCUAAGAGCGCGAGGCAGCGCCUGGCGUGGCCGAGGCCCCAGGUGGCCCGCGUGACAGACUGACCGCAGAACUUCUGGGGUGGUUCUUGACUGCAGUCGCAUGGUUCUGCUUUGACAGCUCUGCCUUCCCACAGAGACUGCACAGCUUGGACCAGGGAACCAGGCCAGAGGGGCGUCAUCAGGGAGCCUGUGUUUUUCUUUCUCCCCGCCUACCCCCAAGCUGCUGUCAGUCCAAGACAUUGGGAUCAUAGUUUGCUCUUUUUUUGAAUUAAAACCAACAUACCAGCCAUAGUCUGCUCUUCCCUGGGAUCUCUUAACAUGCUCUGUUUACAUCAAUAAAUGCACUUAAGGAAAACAAA